AUGGUGAUUUCCCUCUCGAUCCGAAUGAGCAACAACUCAAAUUUGUUCAUAGAUUAUGUGUUGCUAUUGCUGCUAAUCAAGCUAGAGCUGUAUCAUCCGAAGCAGAUUCAUGAGAUAAAGGACUUCCUUCUGACAGCUAGAAGGCCGGAUGCCACGUCUGUGAGGAUCAAGAAGAGCAAAGAUGUGGUUAAGUUCAAGGUCAGGUGCUCGAAGUACCUGUACACCCUCUGCGUGUUUGAUCUUCAGAAGGCUGACAAACUGAAGCAGCCCCUUCCACCUGGUUUGAGUGUUCAAGAUCUGUGA